AUGUUGGCUUCUGUUGAUGGCGAACGGAGUAAUAAGACAAGCAAACCGAUGAAGCAGUGUGACAUUUGCGGAAAGUCCGUAACACUCAAAACCUACUCAAAGCACAAAAAAUCCCACAUCGACGUACGUUCAUUUGAAUGUGAAAUAUGUGGCAAAACCUAUAAACAAGCCUAUCAAUUAAAGAACCACAAGGAGACCCAUACGGAGAAAAAACAGUUCAGAUGUAAAAUAUGCGAUAAAGAUUUUUCCAAAAAUAGCUUACUUGUCAAACAUAUGAAGUGGCAUGGUUCGGAACGCCCAUUUAAAUGCUCGAUUUGCGGAAAAGGGUACUUAUAUCCGUACCCGCUCGCAGACCACAUGCGCUCAGUUCACAGCGAUGAGCGACCAUUUACGUGCGACAUCUGUGGUUUAUCGUACAUUACAACUUCUCAUCUUAGUGCUCACAAGAAGACCCACACGUAUCUCGAACCACAGCCGUUCAAAUGUGAUAUAUGCGAUGCGAAAUAUAGCUACAACUGUGACCUGAGGCGCCACAUGAGGAGACAUUUAAAAUGUUCCCAAUGUGGAAUGGAGUUUUCCUCUCAAAAAGAUCUAAACGAGCAUGCAUGCAGCGAUCGACCAGUCAAGUGUACGGAACAACCAACUGAAUUCAACAAGCACUUGGAAAUGCAAGCCGAUAAACAAAUUGAGGACGCGAUGGUACCUCCUGUCGAUGAGGAACAAAGUAGCAAGGCGCGUACCGAAGAAAUUCCCGAUAGCCACGUUGUAGACAAAACGUUAAACCCCAAUAAAAGCAAACCGAUGAAGCAGUGUGACAUUUGCGGAAAGUCCGUUACACUCAAAAGCUACCCCAGGCACAAAAAAUUCCACUUCAACGCUCGCUCAUAUGAAUGUGACAUAUGUGGUCAAACCUCUAAAACAACCGGCAACCUAAAGAGCCACAAGAUGACCCAUACGGGGGAAAAACAAUUCAAAUGUAAAAUAUGUGAUAAAGAUUUUUUGCAAAAAAGAUAUCUCUCCCAACAUAUAAAGGUGCAUGAUAUGGAACGUCCAUGUAAAUGCAAGAUUUGCGGAAAAGAGUUGUUAAAUCUGCACCUGCUCCAGGACCACAUGAGUUGCCACAGCGGUAAACGACCGUUCACAUGCGACAUCUGUGGUUUAUCGUAUGCGAGACAUUCUCAUCUUAAAGCUCACAAGAAGACCCACGCGUACCUCGAGCCAAAACCGUUCAAAUGUAAUCUGUGCGAUGCUAAAUAUGUUCACAAAACUAGCCUGACUUUUCACAUGAAGGUACAUUCGGAAGGACGAUGUUUGAAAUGUACCCAUUGCGAAAAGAAGUUUUCCUCUGAGGAAAAUCUAAAAGAACAUUCUUGUCCAGAUCGACCAUUCAAGUGUACGGAGUGUGAAAAAGCAUUUUUCACGGCCUCACAUCUCAAAAACCAUCGAAGGGUACACAACGUACACAAUGAAAUGCACCAAUGUUCGCUCUGCGAAAGGAGUUUCUGCAUGCCCUGGAGUCUCAAAAGGCAUAUGAAAAUGCACACGGAUGAGCAACUGUAA